GCGUAGCUUGCCGCUCCCCAUCGAACCUCGGCUCCAUCCUCGGAUCCUCCUCAUCCCCGGAUAGACUGGCUUGAUCUGCGGAGGAUUUUGGAGACUAAAACUCACAACUUCCCUCCGUAUUACCUCCUCUCUCACUCGCAAAGCAAUACAAAGUUGUCGCGAGCUUCAUCAUGUCGGCUAGAAUCCCCAUUAUUGUCUCCGAUCGCGUAAGCGACAAGGCCAAGGCCGCCUUGGACGUGGUUGCCAAGUUUGUGGAGGAGGAGUGCAUUCCUGCGGAUCCAGUUCUCGAGGCCCAGGUCGGUGAGGGCGACGCGCGAUGGAACGCCCACCCUGCGAUCAUUGAGGAUCUCAAGGCCAAGGCCCAGAAACUCGGCCUAUGGAACAUGUUCCUACCCAAGGGUCACUACAAGGAGUCCCCGGGAUGGACCAACCUCGAGUACGGCUUGAUGGCUGAGUGGCUUGGCCGAUCUCGCUCCGCCAGCGAGGCGUGCAACUGCGCUGCCCCCGAUACGGGCAACAUGGAGGUUCUCGCCAAGUAUGGCAACGAGCAGCAAAAACAGCAGUGGCUCAAGCCGCUGAUGGAGGGCAAGAUUCGCUCUGCGUUCCUCAUGACCGAGCCAGAUGUCGCGAGUUCCGAUGCGACCAACAUUGAGCUCAGCAUCCGCAAGGAAGGGAACGAAUACGUCUUGAACGGCAGCAAAUGGUGGUCGAGCGGUGCUGGCGACCCGAGAUGCAGCAUUUACAUUGUCAUGGGCAAGAGUGAUCCCAACAACAAGGAUCCCUACCAGCAGCAGUCCGUCAUCCUCGUGCCGGCUGAUACACCUGGCAUGAAGAUCCACCGCAUGCUUAAGGUCUACGGUUACGACGAUGCCCCUCAUGGACAUGGACACAUCACUUUCACCAACGUCCGCGUGCCUGCCAGCAACAUGGUCCUCGGCGAAGGACGAGGCUUCGAGAUUAUCCAGGGUCGUCUGGGACCCGGCCGCAUCCACCACGCCAUGCGCAGUAUUGGUGCUUCUGAGCGCGCUCUCGACUGGAUGCUGAUGCGCGUCAACGACGACCGCAAGAAGCCGUUCGGCAAGCAACUUCGCGAGCACGGCGUGAUCCUCGAAUGGAUCGCCAAGUCACGCAUGGAGAUCGACGCCGCACGCCUGAUUGUCCUCAACGCUGCCAUACAGAUGGAUGUGCACGGCCCGAAGAAGGCCCUCAAGGAAAUUGCGGAGGCCAAGGUUCUCAUCCCCCAGACUGCUCUGGCGGUCAUUGACCGCGCCGUGCAGUCGUUUGGUGGUGCUGGUGUCUGCCAGGAUACCCCCCUCGCCAGCAUGUGGGCUGGCAUCCGCACACUCAGGCUGGCUGACGGCCCUGACGAGGUGCAUCUGCAGCAGAUGGGACGCAACGAGAACAAGAGGGGCAAGGAGGUCACGGAGCACAUCAAGUGGCAAGCGACCAAGACGGAGGAGCUGAUGAAGAUCUGGAAAGCUUCCAGCGCACAGCCGGGUACGAAUAUCACCAGGGCCAAGAUCUGAGGUGGAUGUUCAGUGUAUAACGACUGUUGCUAGCAGCACUUGAGCGCACAAAGUCACAUUUUGGUUAGCUCAGUAGCAUUAGUACGUACAGAGGCCCUGCUGCCCUGGACUUGCAAACACCCCAUUCGGAGGAAAACCUGCGACUCGAGGUGCAUGUCGCUCCAUCACCUGGUCGACUAGGCGAUGCGCUGUCGCUGUUUAUCGUGAAUCAUGUCGAUGUAGGCUUGGUCGCAUUCCAACUUUGAUCCUCACGCUCCUCGGUGCCCAACGUGGCGACGUGGUGCAUUCCUCGUCAUGCGUUGCCCCGACAACGACAGACACCACAACC